AUGCACAUACCUCUUACUUGCUUGCCUUCGAUUCUAGCUGCUUUCCUGGCUGAUCUUCAUAGGGUAUUCUCAGAGCUUCACUUCACUUACCUUGAGUUGAACCCUGUCGUCCUUUGCCCCUAUCCAGACUCUGGUUCCAAGAGCCAGAUUCGUCUCCAUUUGUUAGAUGCAGCCGCCAAGCUGGACCAAUGUGCCGAGUAUCUAAUGGCUGCUGGUCGGUCGGCAUCUGGUCGCUGGAGCCUGGACGGACUUCCUUUAGAUUUUCCUGCCAGCUUCGGGUGUGCUCAGUCUGAAGAGGAGGCUUUUGUUGCUCAGAUGGAUUCUCAUACAGGUGCAUCAAUGAAAUUGACUCUUUUGAACCCAGAGGGGCGUAUUUGGACGAUGAAUGCCGGUGGCGGUGCCUCUGUGAUCUAUGCCGACACAGUGGUAGCCCUUGCACCUGGGGGGACUGAUGAGCUGGCAAACUACGGGGAGUAUUCGGGUUCACCAUCGGAGGAGCAAACAUAUGCCUAUGCUAAAACAAUCCUUAGCCUGAUGACACGAGGAAGCCCGCAUCCAAAAGGCAAAAUCCUGCUAAUCGGCGGAGGAGUGGCCAACUUUACGAACGUUGCAGUUACUUUCAAGGGCAUCAAGCGUGCUUUAGUUGAGUUCAGCACCCAACUUAUCAUGCACCAGGUUCGUAUAUUUAUCCGGCGUGGUGGGCCAAAUUAUGAGGAGGGCUUGCGCACUAUGCUAGAGCUGGGUGAGUUUCCAUAA